CCCAUUCUCGAGUGUGAUUUCUUGCAAAGCCGACUGCCUCCCCCUACUUUAAAACCGCCUCAAAUUAGGGUUUCCUCCUUUCUGCACAGCUUCAACCCAACGCGUGCAGUGAAGAGAGGGAGAGAGAGAGAGAGAGACAUAGCCAUGGGGAGGAGACCUGCGAGGUGUUAUCGACAAAUUAAAAACAAGCCAUACCCCAAGUCACGGUUUUGCCGUGGUGUUCCUGAUCCCAAGAUCAGAAUUUAUGAUGUAGGUAUGAAGAAGAAGGGUGUGGAUGAGUUCCCCUUCUGUGUCCACCUUGUUAGUUGGGAGAAGGAAAAUGUCUCAAGUGAGGCACUGGAAGCUGCUAGGAUUGCCUGCAACAAGUAUAUGGCUAAGUUUGCUGGAAAGGAUGCUUUCCAUUUGAGAGUGAGGGUUCAUCCGUUCCAUGUUCUUAGGAUCAACAAGAUGCUUUCAUGUGCUGGAGCCGAUAGGCUUCAAACUGGAAUGAGAGGUGCAUUUGGAAAGCCCCAGGGAACAUGUGCUAGGGUGGCCAUUGGGCAGGUCCUUCUUUCUGUUCGUUGCAAGGACAGUAACAGUCAUCACGCACAGGAGGCUCUCCGCCGUGCUAAGUUCAAGUUCCCUGGUCGCCAGAAGAUUAUUAUUAGCAGGAAGUGGGGAUUCACCAAGUUCAGCCGAGCUGACUAUCUGAAGUUUAAGCAGGAAAAUAGGAUUGUGCCUGAUGGUGUGAAUGCAAAGCUUCUUGGGUGCCAUGGACCAUUGGCUAACCGUGAACCUGGAAGAGCAUUUUUGCAAACCAGUGCUACUGCUUAGUUAUAUAGUCUAUUUAACUGGGAAAUAGGAGACUUUGGACAAUAAUAGUUUUGAAAUAGUCGUGUGUUGCUUUCUCUUUCUGUUGUCUUAAAACUAAGUUGGUUUAUUGCUGUUUUACAUCAAAUACCUUGAGUGGAAUUGUUGAGUCCUAUUUUGGUAAUUUUGAUGAUCCACCUAUGUUUAUUUUUUGUUUA